AGGGUGCCUACAGCUUCCAGUCCACAAAGGUGAUCGAGCUGUUUUUUGCGCCGUUGAUCCUGCUUGGGCUACUGCCAAGUCAAAUCGUUGGAUCAGUUGGAGGAGAAAUUUCAGACCGAACGUGUUGCUUUGGAAAAGAGUGAGACAGAGAAGAAACAUGCCUACGAGAUGCUGAUGAGGGACUGGAAGGCACAGCUGGCCACUGGAAAGAAGACCAAGGAGGACAAGUUGGCGGCCAAGCUGCGGAAGGAUCAAGUGAAGGCUGAGAAGUCCGCUGCCUUAGUGGAAGUCUCCAAGUUGAACGAGGAUGACAAGAAGUACCUGGCAGAUCUGAAGCAGACCUGUGAUCAGAAGGCCAGCGAUUUCAAGGAACGUCAACGGCUGCGGGGCGAGGAGCUUGCAGCCAUCGACAAAGCCUCCGAAGCCAUCCAGGGAACGGUGUUGAAGGUCGCGGACAAGAAAAGUUCGUCCAAGGGCACAUCGCUGGCGGCCUUGCGCUCUGACAGUGGUGGUGCCAAAAGAGAGCAGGCCAUUUCCCUGCUGAGAGAAAAGGCCGAGGAGCUGGACAGCAACAUGCUUUCGGCCCUGGUCUUGCGUGCCGAAGGCGACAGUUUGUCCAAGAUUCGCAAAAUGAUUUCGGACUUGGUGACACGUUUGCAGCAAGAGGCAGCUGCGGAUGCGGAGAAGGACGGUUGGUGCAAGAAGGAGCUUGCCACAAACGGUCAGACUCGGAGCAGUAAGAAGGACCUGGUGGACACGGUGCAGGGCGAGGUGAACCAGUUGAAAAUCGACAUCACCGAGCUGGGUGAUGACUUGGAAAGCUUACAGAAGGACAUUGCCAGCCUGGCGAAAGAUCGUGAAUCUGCGACGAAACUCCGCGAGAAUGAGAAGGUGGAGAAUAAGGCCACCAUCAAAGAUGCCCAGGAUGCGCAGAAGGCCAUUGCCCAGGCCACUGCUGCAUUGGAUAGUUUCUACUCAGGUGCCAAAGCGAAGGCAUCUCUUCUGCAAAAACCCGUUGAAGGAGCUCCAGAGAUCUUUGAGGAUAGCUACACUGGCAUGGACAGUGGUGGUGUCACUGCCCUUUUGGAGGUGCUACAAGCAGAUUUCGUCCGUAUGGAGAGUGAAACUGAAACGGCCGAGGCUCAGAGCCUUGGUGAAUACACGAAGUUCAUGUCCGAUUCGGCUGUGGAUAAGGCGUCCAAAGAGAAGGAGGUCGAGUUGAAGACUGCAUCAAAGACUGAGAAGACCAACGGUUUGACCACGAAGAAGAUCGACUUGAAAGAUGCCCAGAAGGCUUUGAAAGCCGCCACAGAGUACUUUGAGGAGCUUAAGGGGCAAUGCAUGAAACCUGUGAUGACCAGAGAAGAAAAGAUGGAGAAGCGAAAGCAGGAGAUCGAGUCCCUGAAAGAUGUCUUGGAAGUUCUCCAGGGCUGAGCGAAGCACGAAGCCGGCUGAUCGUCGCCGCGAAACCCACGUCUCGCGGUGGUUGCCAAAAGAGGGGCUGAGGUAG